UGGCUUUAUCUGCUCAUUUCAGUCGGAGGCAGGAAGAGAUGGCAGCCGGGGAGACCCAGGUCUACGCCAAGGUCAACAGCAAGCUCAAGGCCCGCAGCGCCACCUCCCUCCUGGACCCCCUGCUGGGCAUGGGCUUCCCGGCACACACCGCGCUGAAGGCAUUGGCAGCCACCGGGAGGAAGACGGCAGAGGAGGCCGCAGACUGGCUGCGCUGUCACUGCAAUGACCCUUCCCUGGACGACCCCAUCCCGCAGGAGUACGCCCUGUUCCUCUGCCCCACGGGGUCCCUGCUCGAGAAGCUCCAGGAGUUCUGGAGGGAGAGCAGGCGCCAGUGCACGAAGAACAGGGCCCAUGAGGUCUUCCCGCACAUCACGCUCUGUGAUUUCUUCACGUGUGAAGACCAGAAGGUGGAGUGUCUGUACGAGGCUCUAAAGAGAGCCGGCGACAAGGUGCUGGGCUCCUUCCCCCCAACUGUCCCGCUGGUGCUCCACUCUUCCGUCAGCUACCUCGGCUUCUUCGUCAACGACAGCCCUGCUGACGUCAUCCGGGAGUUCGCCAUGGCCUUCGCCACGGAAGCGGCCAUCUUGGCAGACUGCACCGUGAAGCCUUGCACCAAGCAGCUGCACCUGACGCUGGCCCACAAGUUCUACCCCCACCACCAGAGGACGCUGGAGCAGCUGGCCAGAGCCGUGCACCCGGGCCACAGCUGCCAGUGGACCGCUGCACUGUACUCGCGAGACAUGCGCUUUGUGCACUACCAGACCCUGAGGGCCCUGUUUCAGUACAAGCCCCAGAACGUGGAUGAGCUGACACUAAACCCCGGCGAGUACAUCUUCGUGGACCCCACGCAGCAGGAGGAAGCCAGCGAGGGCUGGGCGAUCGGGAUCUCGCAGCGGACCGGCUGCCGGGGCUUCCUGCCCGAGAACUACACGGAGCGAGCCAGCGAGUGUGACACCUGGGUGAAGCACAGGACGUACACCUUCAGUCUGGCCCUGGACCCGAACCUCAGGAAGGACGCUGAAGCCAGCAGCAGACGGAACGGGGAGCUCCUUCCCCCGCCGCGGCCAAGGAGCGCAGGCAGCCUGCAGGCCUUACAGGCCGCCAUCGUGAGGAGAAGCGUGCUGGUGGUGCGCCACGGGGAGAGAGUGGACCAAAUCUUCGGGAAGUCGUGGCUGCAGCAGUGCUCCACUCCUGACGGGAAGUACUACCGGCCAGACCUGAACUUCCCCUGCAGCCUGCCCCAGCGGAGCAAUGGCAUCAAAGGCUUUGAGAACGACCCGCCGUUAUCAUCCUGUGGAAUUUUCCAGUCCAGAACAGCAGGAGAAGCCCUACUGGACAGCGGCAUCCGAAUCACCUCCGUCUUCACCUCCCCGGCCCUCCGCUGUGUGCAGACGGCCAAACACAUCCUGGAAGAGCUCAAACUGGAGAGAAAAAUCAAGAUGAGAGUGGAGCCCGGCAUCUUUGAAUGGACCAAGUGGGAGACGGGGAAGACCACGCCGGCCCUCAUGACCCUGGAGGAGCUGAAGGAGGCGAAUUUCAACGUCAGCACCGAGUACAGGCCCGCGUUCCCCAUCGCCUCCCUCCUGCCCGCGGAGAGCUAUGACGAGUACGUGCACAGGUGUGCGGUGAGCGUGGAGCAGAUCGUCAGCAGCUGCCCGCAGGACGCAGGCGUCAUCCUGAUCGUGGGCCACGGCUCGGCGCUGGACUCCUGCACCCGCCCGCUGCUCCGGCUGCCGCCCCGGGACUGCGCGGACUUCGCCCAGCUGGUGCGAAAGAUCCCUUCUCUGGGAAUGUGCUUCUGCGAAGAAAACAAAGAGGAAGGAAAGUGGGCGUUGGUGGCCCCUCCUGUGAAGACACUGACCCACGGCUCCAACUCCGCGUUUAACUGGAGGAACUGGAUCCUGGGCAACUGAGGGAUCCCGUUAUGUCUGCACAACUUCACCAGGAAGAGGCGGGGCCCGGACGGAGGCUGUAAGACACUGUGAUGGGCAGGAGUCUCAGUCCCGCCUACCGGGAUGGGUGGAAGCACAAAGCGCACUUUUCCGUCCCAGCCAGCCUGCCGUGGCUUUCAGUUUGCUGCCACCUCUGUGGGUCCGUGGCCCUGCAGGCUCAGCUGCCCGAUGCCACUUUGUAACCUGUGUCUGCCAUGUGGCUUGGAGAGCAAUAAGAACUGUGACUCUAGCCGAAACCGGCUUGGCUCAGUGGAGAGAGUGACAGCCUGUGGACUGAAAGGUCCCAGGUUCGAUUCUGGUCAAGGGCAUGUGCCUUGGUUGCUGGCACAUCCCCAGUAAGGGGUGUG